GCCAACUUCUUUCUUGGUUCGCUCAGUUCCGCGUUCUCGCCCCAGCUUAUCGCCACUCACGGGAAGCACGACUCGAUCCUCUUUGCUUCAACAGACAGGCUCUAGUUCAGUCCAGGGAACGCUAGAUCUGACACCGGAAGAAUAAGGAACCAUACCUUCCCUUCUUGACGCCGAAGCGCACUUCGAAAGCGCACGUCUUGGAUUGAGAGGUUCAUCACAAUUAGAACGGUGAUCAUACCACUGGCUAGUGUGUUUAAUUGAUGGUUUCAGGCUACUUUGCAAGUGAAAUUGAAAGAAUACACCGGCACCACAAUACCUAUUGAAUAGAUGUGCUUUGAAAGAGCUUGAUCAACAGGUGUGAAGGCAGCAGAACAAGGAGGCGCCCUGCACCUGCACUCUUUACCAGUGAGUAGAGUGGUACUACUGUAGCCUCAAAAGUUUGCAAAGUACUGCAAGAGGGUCAGAGACAAAGGAGGAAAACAAAAAGCCGAUUGGCAUUUAUAAAGAAAAACAAGUGAUAGAGAGAAAGAGAGAGGGAGGGACAGAGAGAGAGGAAGAGAGAAAGCGGGACAACCCUUGGAGAAUAGCAGAAGACCCGGCCCCCGGCCUGAGUGUAAGAGAGAGAGAGAGAGGGCGAGGGAGCGUUUUAAAGCCGGCACAGGCAUGAUGUCCUACAUUAAGCAGCCUCAUUACGCCGUGAACGGGUUAACUCUGUCUGGUCCUGGCAUGGAUCUACUACACUCUGCCGUCGGAUACCCAAACAUUCCCAGAAAGCAGCGUCGGGAAAGGACCACGUUUACGCGCGCGCAGUUAGACAUCUUGGAGGCACUGUUUUCCAAAACGCGCUACCCCGACAUCUUCAUGAGGGAAGAAGUGGCCCUCAAGAUCAACCUACCAGAGUCUCGUGUACAGGUAUGGUUCAAGAACCGCCGUGCUAAAUGCCGCCAGCAGGCACAGCAGAGCACAGGCCAGUCUAAACCUCGUCCACCCAAGAAGAAGGCCUCUCCAGCCCGGGAGGCCAACUCUGAGGCCAGUGUCAACACCAACGGGUCCUACAGUCCAGUACCCCCUCCCCUUGGCCCCGCCAUCACCCCCAGCUCCAGCAGUGCCAACGCGACCGUGUCCAUUUGGAGCCCUGCCUCCAUCUCCCCGCUGCCAGACCCCCUGUCAGCCUCCACCACGCCCUGCAUGCAGCGCUCCUCUGCCUACCCCAUGACCUACACCCAGGCCCCGGCCUACACCCAGAGUUACGCAGGCUCGUCCUCCUACUUCACUGGCCUGGACUGCAGCUCCUACCUGUCUCCCAUGCACUCACAGCUCUCCGCCACCGGGGGCGCCCUCAGCCCCAUCACCUCCAUGGGCGGGCACCUCGGCCAGUCCCCUGCCUCUCUGUCUUCGCAGGGCUACACAGCCGCCUCGCUGGGCUUCGGGGCCGUCGACUGCCUGGACUACAAGGACCAAGCUGCCUCCUGGAAACUCAACUUCAACGCAGCUGACUGCCUGGACUACAAAGACCAGAACUCCUGGAAGUUCCAGGUCUUGUAGGUGGGAGGAGGUAAGGAAGGGACCAGCCAGGAGAAGCUCCCAUUCCAUUCAGUGUUAAAGACUUGGACACAUAGAUGGUCAACUAAUCAUUUCAGUCCACGAACUCAAUGACUGAGAAGAUGUCAUUAUUUUUUGUUUUAUGGAAAGCAAUGUGGAAGCAGAUCCACUGAUGUUGGGCUUUGUGAUUUUUGGGAAGGUGACAAGAAUCAAUAUUGUUAAAUCAAUGAUAUCCAAUCAAUACAGUAUUAUCAACGUGAGGAUGCACAAUCAAUGGGACAUUGAGGUAAUAAAGUUAGUCAUAUAGAAGUGAUGACAAACAAAUCGACAUGUAAGAAGAUAAUUGAGAUACUAAAAUUGAGAACUGAUUUUAAAAAGGAAUACAUACCACACGAUUGAAAGCAAUACCUGUAGAAUGAAAUUAAUUUGAUGAUUACAUUUCGAAAAACAGCAUAAUUAACAAAGGUCCAUUCUUGUAUGCCAUAAUCAGGGUUUUGAGGACCAAAUGAAUAGAGAUUUGCAAUUUGAAGGCUGGAUGAAGUAUCAAUUUGAUGGAGAGAACAAACAAUUGAUCAAAUAAAAAAAGGAUAUUAAAUAUUGGUUGCAAUGAAUCCCAUUGGUCAGGUAGCUGAUAGUCAACCCCGAGUUGAUUUAUGAACAAGAUCUGUCACUCCUUUAGUGGUCUUGUUGUGCUUAAUGGUAACCUAGAAUUAGAAAGGAAAAGUGGAAUUCCACCCCCAAGAUGGGUGGGCUGGCCUUGACUUUAGACCAAAUUGGAUUCAGUGGUUAUUUUUGUCAUUACUUCAGGACAAUUGAAGGUUGUGUCCAUUGUUGUGUAAUGAAGAAAAUGACUCUGCCUUGAAUUUGAUAUUGAACAAACAGAGGGAGUUCCAGCAAUAGGUGAAGACUGACUCCAAUGGGGACAAUGUUGUUUUCUUUUGACCUCUGUCAUUUGUUUUAUGGUUUAUUUUUGUUAUGAAGCUGCUUUUCAUAUUUGGUGAAUUGAGAGAUCCUGGAGCGAAACAGACAGACACACAGGCAGACAC